CUACCGGAUUGUCCUUAGUCUCCACUGAGACGCCACACGGCGCAGUCGAACGCGCGGAUUUUGGUGCUCUGUGUAAAUUUCUCUUUCAACAAUCUGGUGUAUUGUGAAAGGUCAUUAAAAGCGUAUACAUCGCGAACACAUACAACAAACCGAUCAACAACUAAAUUAACGUUGUUUCCAUCAAAGUGUAAAUAAAAUUGCUCGAUCGGAUCGAUCGAUCUUUGUAAAUUGAUCUGAUUUACCGGUUUGAAAUAACCGUGCAAAAUGAUGCACACUAUGAGCGAACACACGGGUGGAGCUGGAGGGCUGGGUGUCAGCGUGCUUCCCUUCGAUGGCAUGGGUUUGUUUGAACAACAACGGCCCAGGUUCCUUUUCAAGAUGCCCAAGGUUGUGCCGAAUCAGAAGGCCAAAUUCGAAACGGAGGAACUGUUCAGGAGAUUGAGUCGCGAAAGCGAGGUCAGAUACACUGGAUACCGAGAUAGACCAGUCGAAGAACGUCAGGUACGCUUUCAAAAUGGCUGUCGGGAAGGUUAUACGGAGAUCGCGUUCGCCGCGACUGGAACAAACCUCCAGCUCGUUUUUGGCAAUGCAUCUGGAAAUUACGGCGGUGACAUCAACGACUGCGAUUUUGAAAAAGAACGGGGCAAGGUACAUCUCAGGUCUCGCUUAAUAAUGAACGGUGUGUGCGUGAUGUGGCGUGGAUGGAUAGACCUGGAGAGGUUGGACGGUGUUGGAUGUCUGGAGUACGACGAGAAACGCGCCGCUGAAGAAGACGCUCUUCUUCGCGACCAAUUAGAACGUUAUAACCAACGAGUACGCGAUUUCGACGAGAAACAAAGGGCGUACAGAAGUGGAGCUACUCAACCACCUCACUUGAAUCAUCAUCACCAUCAUCAUCACCAUCACCACGGUCACCACAGCCACCACGUGGCCGGAAGUGGCUCUGGAACCAGUGGAACCAUCGAGCCUCAUCUUACCCACCGACAAGAUCCCGAGAUGGAAGUCAGAUUGAGGGCCUACUGAGGCUCCGAGAAAGUGACCAACGAAACCACUUGAUUCCUCUUCGAUUUGGAAUUACUUCCGGAUCGCCCUCGAGCCAACCGAACACUGGUGGGAGAAACGAGAGACGAAAGAUCUCUUGGGAGGAAUGUGGCUAACGGUUUGAUACGCGUUCGUAAGGUAUUCACGUUUUUUGGAGUGUAAUUGCACGAGAUUGAGAAUCGCGAGAUGCUGGUAGAGAUUUGUUUGUGGUGAUUUACUGUUUUCGACCUGCACUCAAUAUUUUCCAGCCUAUUGGAUUUGAGUAAUUUUUCGGAACAAUGGAAUUUUUACUUUUAGUCGAACAUUUCUAAGGCGUCGAAUUAAGUUAUUUCUUUGGAAAUAAUGCGUGUCGAUACUUUUGA